GCCACCUGUGGGGACACUCGGCUCGGUGGGGAGGACUUUGACAAUCGCCUGGUAAACUUCUUUGUAAACGAGUUUUUGCAAAAGCACGGAAAAGAUAUUUCCAAAGAUAAACGGGCACUGCGAAAGCUAAAGUCUGCCAGUGAACAAGUAAAACGAAGUCUUUCCUCCUCAUCGCAGGCUUCGGUUGAAGUCGAUUCACUGUGUGCCGGUAUUGACUUCACUGCUACAAUCACACGAGCCAAAUUUGAGGACUUGUGUAUUGAUCUGUUUCGGAACACACUGGAGCCAGUUAAGAAUGCACUGGAAGACGCUGAAUUGGACAAGUCAGAAAUUGAUGAAAUCAUUCUCGUCGGAGGCUCUACUCGAAUCCCUAAAAUUCAGCGGCUAUUGCAGGAGUUUUUUGACGGCAAAGACCUGAACAAAUCAAUCAAUCCAGACGAGGCAGUCGCAUACGGCGCCGCUGUCCAGGCGGCCAUUUUAAGCGGUGACACGACUGACCUUGUUCAAGAUCUACUUCUUCUUGACGUCCUACCUCUGAGUCUAGGAAUAGAACAGUCAUCUGGUUUGGUGUCUAAAUUCAUCAGAGCAAACACAACCAUUCCUACUGAAAAUCAGCAGUAUUUUACCACUUCCUAUGACAAACAGGAGAGAAUUCUAUUUCCCAUCUAUGAAGGCGAGCGACCAUUGGCCAAGGACAAUCAUUGCCUUAGCCAGUUUGUCAUUAGCGGCAUAAAACCUGCACCUAAAGGAGUGGCCAGAGUGUUGAUUACCUUUCGAGUUGACGCCAAUGGUAUUCUUCAAGUGUCAGCAGAGGACGCUGAGACGGGAAGCAAAAGUGAAGUGACUGUUAAAAGCGAAAGUGGCCGUCUCACAGAAGCCGAUAUCACUAAAAUGAAGCACGAAGCCGAAGUGUAUUUUGCCGAAGACCAACUUGAAGUGGAGCGAAUUAAAGCAAUGCAAAAACUGGAACACUACUGCUCUCAACUCGUGUGCACCAUUGAUGAACCGAGCUUGCGGAAGAAACUGCCUCGAGAAGAUCGGCAGUUUAUCGAGGAGAAAGUGGCACAGACUUACUUGUGGAUGGAGAGUAACAGCUCUGCCACCAAGGAAGUCAUUGAAAAGGAGCACAAAGAAAUGGAGCUCGUUUGCAAUGGACUGAUUCGUCUUUACGUUUAA